UUGUGUGGACGUGCAGCCCUUUCACGGUCUGUAAGUGAUUUGUGCUUUUCUCUUCCUUAUUAUGGAGAUGGCAGAGGAGACGUUGAUGUCGGCAGCCUUAGCGAGGUCCCAGUCCUUCCACACUUUCAACACACCGCAGAAUUCGACGAAUAAAAGCGGAAAUAACUUAGAAUGCCGAGUGUGUGAAGAUGGAUUCAGUCUGGGUGGCGAUAAAGUGCCACGGCUACUGUUCUGUGGCCAUACCCUUUGCCAUGCGUGUCUACUGAGACUUCCCACACAUGAUAAUAACAUUCACUGCCCAUUUGACAGACAACCAACACCUAUUGGUGCAUCAGGUGUGUGGGGUCUCAAGAAAAAUUUUGCCCUACUUGAACUCCUUGAAAGACUGUCAUUAUCCCGGUCAGAUGCAGUCCUCCUGCCAGAAGUCUUAGUGAAGCAGAAAGAGCUGGGUAUAUCCUGUGAUGAAGAUGAAGAUCACUUAGCAGUGCUUUAUUGUACAGUGUGUGCAUCUCAUCUAUGCCUAGAAUGCUCUGAAAGAACCCAUGCCACGAGAACGUUACACAAGCAUAAACGCAUUCCUUUAUCAGAGAAGCCACGAGAGAAACCGAGGUGUGUGGACCACUCAUUUCACCCAGUGGAAUUUGUGUGUCUGGAGGAGGAGUGUCAAGCUGCCCCGUUGAUGUGCUUCAUUUGCAAAGAUUACAAGCACACCAAACACAAGCAUGUAUUGUUAGAGCAGGAAGCAGAGAGAAUUCGCUCCACGAUCAAUGCAGCCAUACAGCAUAUCAAGAGAGUUGCUCAGGAGCUGACAGAUUCUGCACACAAGCUUGAAAGUGUCGCUCGUCAGCUGGAGGGACCUGCCCCUGAGACUGCUGCUCUGGAGAUGAGUCCUGGAGGAACUGCCGAGGAAGCCAGAGCGCGUGUCAAGCAGUAUUUUGCCCAGUUGAGAGAUCAGCUGACAAGGCAGGAAUCACAGGCAAUGACUGUAUUGGAUGCUCACAUUCGGGAAAGACUCUGCUCCAUUAGACAGCAGCAGGAAGAUAUGACUACCCUCUUCUCGCAAAUGGUGACGGUAGUUGUGGAUGGUGAGCGAGCCAUCCAGCAAGAUGAUGGAAGAUUGAUAAUGGCAUCGCAAGACCUUUCUGCACGACUAGCACAUGUCACCUCACAGGAGCAACAGUUAGCCAACUUGGCAUCUCUGGUUCCAGAUCCUGCUAUACCUAUCACAUUUACCAAAGAUAACCGCAUUCAUAUUGGGGCCAGGAUAGAGAUGCGUGUAGUUACCCUUGGCCUGGAUGGUGCAGGCAAGACCUCCAUAUUAUUCAAACUAAAGCAAGAUGAAUUUGUGUCCACCAUCCCAACCAUAGGCUUCAAUGUGGAGACCAUUGAAUAUAAAAACUUCAAGUUUACAGUGUGGGAUGUCGGUGGCCAGCCAAAGCUGAGACCCCUGUGGAGGCAUUACUACUUCAAUACCCAGGCAGUCAUCUUUGUUGUGGAUGCUACAGAUGUUGAUAGACUCGUAGAGGCUCAGUCAGAACUGACCAAACUUAUGACUGAGCGCGAGUUAAAGGAUGCUUCUCUGCUGAUUUUUGCCAACAAGGAGAAUUGUGAUGGUGCCCUUGGAGUGGCAGCUCUGACGGAGAGCUUGGGGGUCCACAAGCUGUGCCUAGGCCGCUCCUGGCACAUCCAGCCCUGUGAUGCCCAGUCGGGAAUGGGUCUUCACCAAGGCCUAGACUGGCUGGCACGACAACUUGUUCCCUCAGAAGUCCUGAAUUCAGCAGGGUGAUUCUUGGUUGCUGAAAUAAGAGGCAUUUAACACACACUCACAUACCCAAAGUUGAAUGGUGACAUGAAUGGGAAAACUUGAGUGUCAAUGGUGUAGAAAUAUGUAUUGAUGUUCCCCCUUUACCUUCCUCACGGGAGUAAAUAAUGCCAGGAAGUCCCAAGAAGAAUUGCUGUUUGAUGGAAAAAUUCUUUGAAGCACAGUAUUGAUCUACUGUUGUAGUGUUGCAUGGGUUGAAAAUCAUAUCACUCUAAAAAGAUUUGUUAGCUGGUAUAGCAUCAUUCAGGGGAGGGAGAUUGGAGAUUGGAGAGAAUGUCAAGAUAUUUAAAGGAUAUGAAAGAUUUGAUUGCAGUAUUAAUACCAUUGUACCUUUUACUGUGUUUGUUCCAUUGUCAGUUUAGGCUAACCUAAUUAUUAAUUAAUUAAUAUUUUUUUUCUGUACUGUUUUCAUCAUCAUUUACAUCAUCAUCACUAUCAUAACCAUCAUAAUCAUCAUUAUCUAUCACCAGUCCUCAGUUAUCACCAUGUAUCAUCAAUUUUAAAACACUCAUUUUACAGGCCUGUAUUAGCAUUAAAGAAAAAAUUAUACGAAAAUAAUCUCUACUCUUUUUGAUCACUUUUUAUAUCCAAGUAAGUAUAAUUUUUAUUCAAUAUUUCCAUGAAUGAUAUCACAGACCCACACAAAUGACAGGGAAUUUAGUGAUUGUUUUCUUCAUGGAAGAAGUGUGGAGUUUGAGAGAGAUAAGAGGUGCUAUGUGAGGAAAUCUGGGCCAGUAUUCUCAUGAAGAGCUUUAUAUAUUUCAGAGUUGGUGUAAAUGGGUAUUUUUCUUAACAAGGCAUGGUACAUGAUAUCUGUUAUUGCUAUACCACUAUACCUGCACACACUCAGGUAUGUAAUCAAGAUGCUUUUCCUUUCAGAUGUGAACUGAUAUCUUGGUAUUUUAAUAGGUGUAAGAGUUGAAAUGGAUCAACCUUUAGAAUGCUAUGAAGAAUUACCAUGAUGACACUAUUGGAAAUCUUGCCUUUCCUGCACUGACUAUCUCCCUGUUCCUUCUUUCUCCCUCUGUUUCUCUCUCUAUCUGAUUAUUCUCUCAGUUCUCUCUCUCAAUUUCUUCUCCCUCUCUGUUUCUUCUUGCCCCCCCCCCCCCUCUCUCUCUCUCUCUCUCUCUCUCUCUCUCUCUCUCUCUCUCUCUCUCUCUCUCUCUCUCUCUCUCUCUCUCUCUCUCUCUCUCUCUCUCUCUCUCUCUCUUUAGGUUCAGUUUUUUUAUGGUAUUUAUUUGGUGCCCUGUAAGUAUAUAAUUGAUUUAUAUUUUGAUCAAACUCAAGGGAACUGAUCUAUUUACACUUCACUAAGAUGUGAGAAGUGCACAGGAGAGUAAAGAACAUCACCAACAAAUAGAAUGUUGAGAAUAAUUUGUGUGUGUGCGUGCGUGCGUGCGUGUGUGUGUUUGUGUUUGUUUGUUUGUUUGUUUGUUUGUUUGUUUGUUUGUUGUAUAUUUUUUUUUUGUUUAUUUCAAUCCUUUUUGUUUCUGUUACUUUGUGAAAGUCUGGCUUACGUAUCUUAUUUUGUCCUGAAGCAGAUCUGUAAGAUGUAUUUUUUAUAUUACCUCCAAAGCCACAGAUGUUCCCUUGCUUGAAGUUCAGUGUUUUAUAUUGUUUCAAGUUUAUUAAUGAAUCCUAGUCAGUGAUAGGUAAAGAAUUUUUAAAAUGAUAUGCAUUGUUUAGUUUGACCAUUUCUCUAUUGUUUAAAAGAAGAGGCAUGUAGGCAAGCACACCAUAUCACAUAAACCUAUAUAAUUGGUGUAUGAAAUUGGAUAGAAGAUGACUGUUGUAUCUGUAUGUGAUUGCGUGAAAUUGCAGUGAUGAUGAGUAUGACUUUGGCAAUUCUUUGUGCAGAUGUUUUUAGAUAUAAAUUUUAUUCAGUGGUAUUGACAUUAUAAUUUUUUAUCAUUUCAAAGGUGUUAGUAAUGGUAGUUGUGCCUUUGAGCAUAAAGAAGACCCUGAGAUUUGAUUAUUGUCCAUUUCUUUCUGUUUAGAAAGCUUUAUAACCUUUAUUCAUCCAAGGCUUUACUGUUAUUAUUAUUAUUAUUUUUUUUUGAGUUUAUCAAAGUAUAUGCCAUUUUUAUCAUUUAUAAAGUUUGUGAAAAUGCAUUCAUCUGCACUAGCACUGUGCGCAUGCAGUUCAGAAUUCCUUAAUAGACUGUAAGGAGCCUAGUGACAUUAUAACUUUUAACUUCAUUACAUCUCUAUAAAAUUUGCAGUAUUUUCUCUGUGUUCAUGUUUUUUUGUUUUUUUAUUACUAUAUUUUUUUUUUAUUAUAUAAGAAUUGAUUCCUAUGGUUCAGUGAAGGAAGUAGGUACUUUAGGUACUUCUGAAUCUCAUUUUCUUUCUUAUGAGCUCUAUGGGAAAAAUUUAAUUCAUGAACUUGAAUGAGGUCUUGGAAAUACAAGUUUUAUACUCGUCAGAGAGUUUGUAUUUGACGUGAAUAUGUAAAGGUAUCAACAUGGUGUGAUGACAGAAAACCCUAGUCAAGAAAUAUGCUUUAUAUUCAUAGAGUAUGGGAGAUUUUGAAAGGGGAAUGAAUGGCAGAAAAGAAAUCAAAAAGCAAUAAGCAGGCAUACAUGAAAUUAUAUUUAUUUGGAUGAUUUACAGUCUACUAGAAUUACUAAUAUAUACAUAUAUAUUUUUAAAAGAGAUUAUUUAAUUGUAAACUUCAGAAAAUACAGAAAAAUGUUGUCACUAUUUGAAUAUUGCAGCAAAAAGAGCUGUGGAACCAAACCAUUAUCUAUAAUCAUGAAUUUGAUGUGCUUUCACAAGGCACUUAAAGACAUUAUAUUAAAACUGUAGUGAUACUCCACAAAUAGGAAUAGACAUAGCAGAAAAAUGUAAUUUGAUUUUCUUACAGAUUUUAUCAUUGUAUUAUACUUACAGUAUAUCAUCUGUUAAGAACCUUUAACAAAUGUGCUGCACAUUUUUUAGUUUUUUAGCACAAUGUUCUCAGAUGUGAACCUGGUACUCUUUCCCAGAUGACUACGAAUGUAUAUUUGUAACAGAUAUAUUCAAUGAAGUUGCUAUUGCCCUUUAAUGGUUAUUAAAUUUCCUGAAAGUUGGUAAUGCACAUCAAACAUAUCAUUGUAAUAUGUAAAACCAGUGGAUAUGUUUUGCAGUGCUAAUAUAAACUUUAAUUUCAGACUACCUUUUAUAAUCUUGGUUUAGGCAUGCUACAAUGUUAUUCAUAUACUAGGCAUGUAUUCAUUUUGUGCAAAUUGUGCACAUGUAAUAUUGUCUGCAAAUUCUGAAUGUAAUUAUACAUUGCAUAUGAUUAUGGAUCUUAAUAUAUUUACAAUCUUAGAAUUUAUUUAAGUUACACAUGCAAAAAAUAAGAUUGGGCAGCAUAGCAUUAAGGUAAAACCAUAUUUACUGGAAGUCAUAAUUUAUGAACACAUCAUCAGGUCAUUAUAAAAAAAAAACAAUAACCGUAGUUACCAUUCAAACUGAUUUGACUUCUAAUGUAUUAAUUUGUAAACAUUGUUUAUCACUAUAAUUUUGCCACAUCCUUAUGGUGUUAUAUUGUUUGUGUUCAUAUAUUGCUUAAAAUGCUCAUUAACUACUAUUUGAUAUUUCUUGAUAUUAACUGAAUCAGAAUCACCACACAUGCAUUAUUAUGUUUUAUGUUUUCAGUAGGCUGAUCGAUUCUAUGAUACCCUUAACAGAGGGCUUGACUUAUGUAUUAUCAAUUGCUAAUUUCAAUAUUUAGGAGGUUAAAUAGAACACCUUUUGGUAAAAAAUAUUAAUCAUGUGUAUUAGAACUGUUUUGGAAAUAAUAAAAUAAUGAGAAGU